GAGUGCUGUCCUUCGAAGUGCCGCUUACCGGCAUCGCGUUCCUCGCGAAAGCGUGAUCCGCGAGUGAUUCCACCGGUGCAAAAUGCACUCUCAAUCCGAAUAUUAUUUAAAACGCCAAUAAAUAAAUCCCUCCAAAAAAUAAUCCUCAGUUAAUUCUUCCAAUAAAAAUUUAAAAAAAAGUCAGGUAUCUACUCUGUACGCGAUUUUAAAGUUGCCAAAGGAUACGUCCGGCGAUGCUCGAGAUCCGUAGGAGGCUCCUGGUAAUUAGAACCAAGAAAAUCCCAAAGGAAGGUGACAGAAAAUCCCAAAGGGAGGUGACAUCAAAAGUGAAGAACUGAAGUCUUUCCAAAAACUUAAAAAGUUGGUUUAAAAAUUUCUAACUUGAAAACUGGAAGAUCCGAGGGAAAAAAAUCCGAUUUUUGUGAAAGUAAAGUGAGUGUGUGUACUUGAGUGUUGCGCUCGUGUUAGCCAAGUGUUAAUUAGUCGAGUGAGUGUCCUGGAACGCUUCAAGAAACAAUGCAAUAGUGAAGUGUCAUAAAAAGUUUUUAAAAAAGUUCUAAACUAAGUUUCUAGCUGUAAGUUUGUGUAGGAAGUAGUUAAAACAGGUAUAGAUCGAACCUUCGAUUCGAGAGUUAAAUCGUUUCUAAAUCUUGAAUCUUGUCCUUCGAACUAAGACUGGAAGAUUGCAACAGAAACACCUUCUCCAGUUUCGUCCCCGUAAUCCGAACCCCUUACAUUUUCUACCUUCCUUCUUGAAUUUUUUGAAAUCUCCAGAAUUGAAAAGUCCUCGAUCCUGAGAUAAAGAACGCAAAACUUUUGAGAUAGAAGCAAACAUUGAUGCCCUCUUUGAAAAAUAAAGAAGUUGAAGAACCGGUUUAGGACCCCUCACGCGGAUUUAUGAGAGGAAGGAUCCAAGAUCCAUAGAUUGCCAUCUGCAUCUAUUUUGACUAAAUUAUUAAAAUAUUCUUUUCGAGAAGGAGUAAAUAUAUUCUAGAAUGGAGGAAGAAUUGCGAUGUCCAGUUUGCAAGGAACUUUUGAGCGAUCCGGUUCUUCUACCUUGUUGGCACGCUUUGUGCCUAGGAUGUGCGGUCAAUAUGCAAGCACCACCGGAUUCGCCCCCGGAAUCGACGACGGAUUCUGCAAAUGCACCAGGUUCAGACCAGGAAGCGGAUAAAUUGUCAAUCUUGUCGGAAACCGAUUCCGGUGUCGUUUGCAGCAGUACAUCGACGGGUUCUAGACCCGGAAGUUAUGUGGGCACUCCAGGAAACGGUGGUUUUCCUCCCUCGGGAGGUACCCUCUGCUUGUCGUGUCCGGUGUGUCAGAAGACGGUGUAUUUUGAUGAAGGGGGUGCCCACAACUUGCCCAAGUACAGGUCAAUGCAACGUAUUAUUGAGAAGUACUUGGAGUCGAAGAAUAUCAAGUUGCAGUGUCAAAUGUGCGAGAAGGAACCCAAGGAUGCAACUGUCGCGUGCGAGCAAUGCGAGGUUUUAUAUUGUGACGCCUGCAGGGAGUCCUGUCAUCCGAAAAGGGGACCUUUAGCGACCCACAAUUUGGGCCCACCGCGGGGCAGAUGGCAGUCCAAUGGCGGAAAAAGUGUUCGAGGCUCUAGCCAUGACUGUAGCUUCAUUAUGUGUCCCGAUCACGUCGGUGAAUCCCAGGGCCUUUAUUGUGCUCUCUGCAAGAUCGCUGCCUGUUCAAAUUGUCUGCGAGAUCGACACGCGGCCCAUGCUCUCGACGUUCUACCCCUGGCUGCAGCUUGCAAGGCGCAAAAGACGGAGCUGUCACAAAAUCUGCAGCAAUUGUCAGAGCGUGCACGUUCAACGACAGAGUUCAUUCAGAGGCUCAAAGGAAUGACGGAUAAAGUGCACGAAGAGUGCAUUAGUUUAGAGCAGGAAGUGGAAGAGAGGGUCGCGAACCUCGUGAACAUGCUUCAGGCCCGGAAAUCAAGACUCAUUGAGGCGGCUCGGCAAACCAAGGAAGCCCGAGUGCGAGCUCUGAGGGAUCAAGUGACCCGGUGUGCCACCCACCUGCAGACGACAACAGCCCUUCUCACCUUCUGCAUCGAGGCUCUCAAGGAAACUGACAGUGCUGCCUUUCUCCAAAUCGGAGGGAUGCUCUCCGUCAGAGCCGCGACAGCGGCAGGGUCUUGGGGUGGGGCGGAGGGUGUUCAGGAAAUAGCUCGUCUUCCGCUCCUCGACCUCACUCUCGAUGACAAACCCCUCCGACGAUCCAUCGAUCAGCUUACCUUUGUUCAAAUGAAACCCCCAGGAGCACCGCUUCUUGUUCCCGAAGAAUGCAGUGCCGAAAACAACAGCGUCACCAUUGCCUGGCAGCCACCUCUUGUCUGUGGUCAGCGAGGACCUGCAAUUGAAGGAUAUCUUCUGGAAUUGGACGACGGAUGCGGUGGAGAAUUUAGGGAAGUUUACUGCGGCCGAGAGACGAUCUGUACCGUGGAUGGAUUGCACUUUAAUUCACUGUACAAUGCACGGGUGCGAGCUUUCAACAGUGCAGGGGAAGGAGAUUACUCCGAGCUGAUAGGUUUACAGACCGCCGAGGUCGCUUGGUUUUCUUGGGCGGCUGGUGAUUCGACAAUACCACAGGAAGUUUCUAUCUCCGAGGACGCCAUGAGUGCUUCCUGUGAAGGCUACGAGCAUCGAGUGGUCCUUUCUAGCACUGGAUUUUCUCGAGGAGUCCACUAUUGGGAACUUACGAUUGACCGAUAUCACAGUGAUACGGAUCCUGCUUUCGGAAUCGCUCGAUGUGACGUCACACGCGAUCAGAUGCUUGGAAAGGACGACAAGGGUUACAGCAUGUACAUCGAUCGGCAAAGAUCCUGGUUCAUGCACGCUGGAGGUCACGCCCAAAGAACAGACGGAGGUGUCCAACAGGGUUCAACAGUCGGAGUUCUCCUAGACCUUGAGACCACUCACACCCUCCGAUUUUUCGUCAACGACCAACCCCAAGGGGGUGUUGCCUUCCGGGAUCUCUACGGCGUGUUCUACCCUGCAGUUAGCCUUAAUCGAGGAGUCACUGUGACUCUGCACACAGCCCUAGAUGUUCCUCGUCACCUGCUAGACCUCCACGAGGAAUAUAUGAGCGACGUCCUUCAAAGCUAGGGGUACCUGUCUGUCCUGAAAAAGGGCCUUUUCCAGGAAAUCGGAUCUCCUUAUUCGUCCACCAUUGACAGGAUCAAGGACCUUAAUGACAUCCUGCAGAUGCAGACUCUGGAAAAAAUCAUUGAAGAGACUCCCAGCGAGACCAACUGUUGUAACGCUGAUUUUUAAGGGCAAGUGUUAAAUCCUCGAUUAUCCUCGAACGUUCUUUCACUAAACUGGAUGGAUUAUUUUUUUAAUCGAAAAUUAUCAGGGUGUCUACUUGACAGGAAAACCAAGAAAUGAAUAUAUUUAUUUUUGGUGCCCCUUUUCAAGUUUUUUGCACACACAGAUUUCACGCAAAUGAUCUUUUUCACCCUAGUGCCCCUUUUCCAGCUUUCCACAUACAGAUACCUUUUUCAAGGUACAUUUAUUUUAUGUGCCCUUUUUGAUGCUCAUUCAACAUGCCGGUCUCACUCGAAGUAGCUUUCUCGACCUAGUGCCCCUUUUGCAAGUCCCCACCUACGCAGAUCCUGCACAAUAUUUAUUUUGGUGCCCCUUUUUGAAUCUCUUUACAUAUGUAGACCUCAAAAAAAUAUAUUUAUCACCAAAGUGCCCCUGUUCCAGUUCUCCACAUACAGAUACCUUUUCCAAGAUAAAUUUAUUUUAUGUGCCCCUUUUGCAGCUCAUUGAACAUGCAGGUCUCACUCAAAGUAGUUUUCUCGCCCUAGUGCCCCUUUUACAACUCUCUACAUAUGCAGAUCCCACCUAAAGUAUAUUUAUUUUCAUUUCUCCUUUUGUCAGCUCUUUACAUACGCAGAUCUCACCCAAAUCAAAUUUUUCACCAUCGUGCCCCUUUUUCGAAGCAUAUUUAUUUUCGCUGUCCCAUUUUUAGUUCAUUCACGCGCAAAUCUCAUCCAAAGUAUCUCUCUCGCACUGUGCCCCUUUUCCAGCUCUCUACAUAAAUACCUUACCCAAAGUAUUUUCCUAUGCCCCUUUUCAACUCUUCACGAACGCAUACCUCGUCCAAAUUAUAUUGAUUGUUUGUGCCCCUUUCUGCUCUCCACACAGACAGGCCGCACUUAAAUUAUAUUUAUAUUUAUGUGCCCCUUUUCCAGUUCUACACACAAAUACCUCAUGCAAAGUGUUCUUCUUACAUUAAUGCCCUUUUCCAAAGCAUAUUUAUUUUCGAUGUCCGAUUUUCAGUUCAUUCACGCGCAAAUCUCAUCCAAAGUAGCUCUCUCGCACUGCGCCCCUUUUCCAGCUCUUUACAGGUGCAGAUAUCGCCAAAAGCAUCUUUCUUAUGCGAGUGCCCCUUUUCCAGCUCUCUACACACAUAACUCACUCAAUGUAUUUUUCUGUGCCCCUUUUUCAGUUUUCUACACGCGCAGAUCUCACCCAAAGUAUAACUUUCGUCCUCUGCACCUUUCCAUCUCUUCACGAACGCAUACCUCGUCCAAAGCAUAUUUUUUUUCGUGCCCCUUUCAGUUCACCACACAGACAGGCCUUAUUCAAAUUAUAUUUAUGUGCCCCUUUUCUAGCUCUUUACGCAGAAAUGCAUCAUCAUUGGUGCCCCUUUCCCAGUUCUCUGCGCAUGAAAACUACAGCCAAAGUAUCUUACUUGCCAUGUGCCCCUUUUCCAGCUUUCCAUGCUCGCAGACCUUGCCCUAAGUGCUCACAUCGACUUUGUGCUCCUUUUCCAGCUCCUGACACACGCAUACAUCCCCUAACGUAUUUUUCUCGCCCUGUACCCCUAUGUCUCCUUUCCAACUAUCUACACACGUAAACCUUACCAAAAGUAUCUAUGCUACUCAGUGCCUCUUUUUAAGCUCUCAGCACACACUAACCUCACCUAAAGUAUCUCCCUUGCUCUCGUAGCUCUUUUCCAUUUAUAUACACGUAAGCCUCAACUAAAGUGUUCUCGUCCUCCCUAGUGCCCCUUUUCCAGCUUUCUUUACGCACACACAUACUUUCCCUAAAGUAUGUUUAUUACUCAAUGCUCCAUUUUCAGCUUUUCAAGUACUCAGAUAUAACCCAGCGAAUUCUUAUCAUUCCGUGCCCCUUUUCCAGCUCUCCAUGCACGCUGACCCUUCCUAAAGUAUCUUUACCAUUCUCCGCUCUUUUUUCUAGCUUUUCACACACGCAGAUCUAACCCAAAGUUUUCUUAUCACCCAGGGCCCUUUUUCCAGCUCUCUAGGCACGCACACGUUUCCUAAAGUAUCUACCAUUCAGUGCUCCUUUUUCAGCUCUCUACACACGCAGACCUCACCUCAUAUUUUUUGGAUUGAGUUGCGAAUAUGAUACAUUACAAUAAACGAUUGUGUUUUUAUCACUUUGUAAAUAAUUAAAUGAAGAAUUAAUUAGGUAAAAUAAAAAAUUGACUGGCUAGACACCCUGAUAAUUCUUUCUUUUUUAUCUGUCGGUAUUUGAAUUUCAUGUUUAUUCGAAGAAGCGCUUUCCAGUGUAUGUAAUAGGAGAUUUCAAGUUUGAUUAAUUGAAAAUCAAAACCCUGCUUGUCCAAAACAAUUUUUCUCAAUUAUCGUGUUUUUAUAUUUGCAUAUUAAUUUGAUGCCCUAUUUUUUCGUAUAUACCAGUUAUUUUUUAUAAAAACGAGAAAAAGUCCAUCUUAGCCUGAAUCAUACCACUAAAAUAUUCAACUCUGAAGAAAAAAUACUCGACGAAAUCAAUUUCGCGAGUUGGGAAUCGAAUCCUCUACAAUCAGUUAAUCUUUUUCGAAAAAAUAUUAUUUUUUUUCAUCUGUUUUACAAAGGUAAAUGAAAUUUCAAUAAAAACUUUUUUUUAAUUUACUUUCGACGUUCGAGGUGAAAGAACUGACCAAUGUUUGGAAAAUCUGAAAAAACCUUAAAAGCCUUUAGCUCCUUUUGCGUUUUUUAUUAUCAGAAACUCUUUUUUUUCAGCAAACAUACAUUUUUAUUCUCUCAUGAUAGGCGCUUGAACUCUGUUCGAACACCCGACAAACUUGUCAGGUUGAUUCUUGAAUGUGCAUUUGAAACACCCAUUUUUCACACAAAGAAAAGACUGUACUUUCUCACGUUAAAACGUUUGAGCUUGAAUUUAUCCGAAUAUCCACCGUACCUUUAAUAUCAUAUCGUAUUUAUAAGUGUUGAAUCGCGCUGGGAUAAGUACACGAAAUCGAUAACAAUAAGCGAGCAAAAAGUAUGAAUGAAUUAAUAAAUAAAUGAGCGAACGAAUUAAUAAGAAAGUAAUUAAAUAAAAAAUUAAGUGAUGAGUGAAUAAAUUAAUAAGAGAAUAAAUGAGUAAUAUAAAAGCGAAUAUAGAUAGAUAAGGGAAUACUCGGCGCAGAUAACUUUAAGAUAGUCGAGUCUAAAAUAAUCGUAUCUGGGGGGCGAUUAUGUCCCUUUUUUUAGUUUUAUGUUUACUUUCCUUUUUUUAAAUUUGGUUGAUUUUUUUUUGAUAAUUACAGCUACCACGAACUUUCCGUUAUUCCCUCGUUUCACCCUUUUUUUUUAAAUUCCCGCUUUUUUCUUAAAAUAUAAUAAAUUUGAGAAUAAAAUAUUUGAAUCACGCGGCAAAUUUUGGACCGAAAAUCAUUUUCGAGUUUGAAUCGUGAUAUUUCGACUUGUAUAAUUUUAUUUAAAAUAAGUAAAAAAAAGUAAAAUCUCAAAGAAAUUUUAUUUUUUGUUUGAUUCCCGACUACCAAUUGGUGGCUACCAAUUGGACAUAUAUUAUUUGUCGAUGUUGACCCGUUUUCGAAGAAAUCAGCUUUUCUCCAAUUUUUUAUGGAUUGCAAUGUUUAUUUAUUAGAUUUGAUUUUUUUAUAUUCAACAAUU